AUACACAUGUUGAAAAAUCAAUACAAUCUUUCAGUCUUUCUGCUACUAAAUUUGAGAGCUUUAAAACUUAAUAAUGCAGUGAAGGGUGUUUGUGUCUUUUGAGAAAAAGUGACACACUCCCUCUAACUUUUUCUCUCCAAAUCCAUAGAAUCUGUUGCUUUCUUUUGUUUUUGAUUUUGGGUGAAACCAAACGGACCCAUAUAGCCACACAACCACCCAAAGAAACCCCGUUUCUCUCUUCUUAUAAAACCCCAUUUUUCGUUCCUCUUUUCCCGCUUCCUCUCCAACAACAAUAAACAACAAAACGUUUGACAUUGUUCACAUCACAUGGCUUCCACCGCCGCCACCACCACCUACGCCUCCGACCCCACAACCCCUAACACCACCUUCGUCCAAGCAGACCCAUCCAACUUCCGCGCCGUCGUCCAGAAACUCACCGGGGCCUCCGACGACCCCGCCGCCCCAAAACUGCCCCUCACUCUUCCCUCGCGGCUGGCGGCCCAAUCUCCCCUGGUCGGCCCAAAAAGGCCCAACUUCAAGCUCCACGAGCGCCGCAACGCCGCCGCCAAGAACCUGGACCUCCCCGUGCUCAUGGUCUCCUCCAACAACGUGUCCCUACUCCGAAACAGAACAUGCGAGAACCUCGUCAUGGCCUCACCCGUUUCCCCACUGGAGAUGAUGCUGGCGCGUGGGAGCCCACGCACGCCGCACGAGGAAGAAGAAGAGAGAGCGAUUGCGGAAAAAGGAUUCUACUUGCACCCUUCUCCUCUCUCCACCCCCAGAGCCUCUCAACCUCCUGAGCUAUUGCCACUCUUCCCUUUGCAUUCUCCCACCGCCACCGCCACCGCCGCCACCUCCACCACACACCACAACCACCGCCGCCACCACCUCAAUUAACCAUUUUUUUUUUUAAUUUUGAUGGUGGGAUCAAUGAAUGAACGAUUUAAGCAAUUGCCAUUUGAUUGUUUAAUGUUACGUUGGAUAGGUGUAUGUAUAAACGUAUGUAUGUACGAGUAUGGUGUGUGGUGUAUUGUAUGUAUGUACGUAUGCGUGAAUGUAUAGGUGGUAGCGUGAAGAAACUUUGGUUGGGUACGUAGUUUAGACGCUGAUACUGUUUCUUAAUGCACUUUCUUUUUCCUUUUUAA